CGAGCAGUAGCAGAGCAAGAGAACCGGCCGGAGGGAUAGAGAGAGAGAGAGAGAGAGAGAGAGAGAGAGAGAGAGAGAGAGAACAGGAGGCAGGGAGGCGGACCGACGGAGAGAACACAAACAGAGGGAAAGAAAGAGAGCGAGCGGAGUGAGCGGAGAGACAGAGAGAGAGAAGGACUGCGAGAGGGAGAGAGCGCGAGAGAGAGAGAGAGAGAGAGAGAGAGAGAGAGACGAACGAGACAAGCGCACAGAAAGAAGUAGAAGGAGGAGGGACAGAAAUCCCUACAAUAAAAAAAGGACACAAGGAAAGUACACGGACGGAGAAAGAGAAAGGAAGGGACUCAAGAGAAGGAGCGAGAGAGAGAGAGAGGGAUAGAGAGAGAGAGCGACGGAGUGAUUGAGCGCUCGGACUGCUUUCCAGGAGCUGUCUCUUGUGCAGGGCUGCCGCUGCGUUUGUGGAUGUAAAGUUUCUCAGCUGGUCUUGCUGGCACGCGCGUGUGUGUGAGGGUGCGAGUGUUUGUACACACACACGUGUGUGUUUCGCAAGUGUGUGUGUGUGUGUGUGUGUCGCUGGUGCUCCGCUGACUUUCUGUAGGAUUACCAUGCGUCUCAUCUGACACCCAGCCUUCAACACCAUGCAUCCACACACACUCGGGAGAAGCUGGCAGUGGCCUGUCUGCAAAGGGAAAUUGAACAAAGCAAAAGUGAAGGAACAAUGCGUGAGAAACUGAUUCACCAGCUGGAGGAGGAGCGGCGCCUGCGACUGGACAGCGAGAGGCGUCUGCGUGAGGUCACAGAGGAGUCGGAGCUGGGGCGCACACAGAUGACAUCACUGCAGCAACACUUCUCCAGGAUGGAGGACACAGUGCGAACGCUGUUGCAAAACCAAGGGGUCUUGGACUCGACAGCCGUGGAUGCUGUGGACAUCAUGAAGGUUUAUAAGGACAAGCUCUCGAAGGAGAUGGAGAAGCACGAGCUCUCCGAGGAGAAGCGGGCGUGUCAGGCGGCGGAAGAGCAGCCGGCCAAGAGCGGCCAAUCGGAGACCGAGAAAGAUGCGGCGGGGGACGAGGAGGGGGACGAGGCCAAAGAUGAGACCCGGACACUUCUGGACAGACUGAAGGCUCUGGAGGAGGAGAACUCAGUCCUGGCCACGGAGAAUGAGAACCAAAGAGGACAGUAUGAACGCUGCCUAGACGAGGUCGCCAACCAGGUUGUGCAGGCCCUGCUCACUCAGAAGGAUCUGCGUGAGGAGUGUUUGAAGUUGCGCACGCGAGUGUUUGACCUGGAGCAACAGAACCGCACCCUUAGUGUUCUAUUCCAGCAGAAGCUACGGCCUGCUUCAGACCUGCUGCUACAGAAGCUCUACUCUCGGCUCAUGGAUUUGUCCAGUGGGGACCUGCUGAUGGACCCAGACAGGACCAAACACCUGCUGUUAACCAGGAACACAGACUCACCACCACAUGAGCUGAUGGGUAAGGGUUUCCCGGUGGGGAAGUGCUCUAGCCAGCUGAGUCUGACUGCGUCGGUGCACGCGCAUGCGUACGGCCGCAGCAGCUGCAGCAGCAGUGAGCUCUCGCUCUCCAGCGCCUGCAGCGAGUUCUCCAGCGGCUCCUACACCUGGAACGACAGCCGCUCCUGUGCCAAAAUGUCCUCAUUGACCUGGGAGAAGAGGUCAGGCCUGGGCUCCUCGGUGCCCAGCAACAUCUGCGCUCCCCUGGAGGACCAGUUCCCGGCGCGGCCCAAGGAGUGCCACAUCCUGGAGGGCCUGCGGAGGCUGCAGCGGCGGCGGCCGCGGGAGUCGUCGUCGGCGUCGGCGUCGUCCGCCACCUCCUCCCGCCGGCCCAAGUCGGCCUUCAAGGACUGCAUGAACUCCAACGAGGGCAUCUACUCGCUGGGGAUGAAGGCCGGCGGGCUGGGGGCCGGGUCCAGGUGCGGUCCGAGCCCCCCCUGCGCCUCGGCGCUGCUCAGGGAGGCCCGGAAGUUCGUCUACGACUCGGACGACGCCGACGACGAGUCGGCGCACGCGGCCGGCGGCGGCGGCGGCCGUCAGCGGCACAGCGCCCCGAGCAAGGACAGCGUCUGGCUGUGCUCCAAGAAGCUGUCGCACAGCGUGUCGGACAGCCUGUGCAGCUGGGACGGGACGCAGGACGGCGGCGGAGGGGUCAGCGGAAUCGGCGGCGGUCCGCAGGAGGUCCCCAGCGAGCCCCCGCCGCCGUACAGCUCGCAGGAGCGUCCCGAGAGGCUGCUGAGCUUCAUCAACGGCUUCCUGUUCAGCGGGAAGAGGUGUUCGGCCCCCACGCCGACCACACAGAUGCAGUACGAGCUCAGCUCCAUCGAGACCGACGGCCCGCUGCACCUCUCCGAGUCCGACGACCCCGACGACCACAACAGCGUCCAACGGGCGAAGGCCCUCUCGGAGCAGGCGCCCGUCGUCGCCCCGCCACGGCGGACCGCCGAGCUUCCCGAGAAGGACCCGAAGCGGUUCUCCCGGGACUCGGACCAGAUGCACCGGCUCAGGAGGGAGCAGGUCAGAGCGCAGUCGGCCGACAGCCGGCCGCGACCGCUGAGCCUGGUGAAGGACCAGAAGAGCUCGAAGGCGGUCCAGUCGGAGGAGAGCAUCUCCACCAUCUUCGACGCCGACGGCCAGCCGAUCAAACUCUGCGAGACGCAAACGCGCAGCGGCCCGCGCCCCGUGCCCGCGAACGUGGCGCCGUCGAUCGAGACCCCGACCAAAAUGGGCGGCCCCCCCGACUACGCCGAGCUCGUGGCGCAGGAGAGACCCAGCCGGCUGAGAGGCGGCGGCAACAACAACCGGAACUACAGCGUCCUGGAGUCGCCGGAGAAGCCCGGGGAGACUCACCUGCGGCCGCAACUGACCGGCCGGAGCAGCAACAGCAGGGAAGGAAGCGCCGAGAGACCCGGGACCCACCAGCACAAGCUCAUCAAGCCCCCGUACAACCGCAUCAACAAGGGACACUCGGUCCCUCCGAUGACAAACAUCGCCAGCCCGGCAAAGGCUGGCAACACCAAGAUCCCCGCAACGCGGGGCAAGAGCUCCCCGUUAAAGGUCUCCUUGGGUCCAGGCGCGGAGCUCAGCGGGUCCCCUGGGUCAACGUCUCAGGAAAAAUCACCGUCAUCACCUCCAGUGAAGCUCUCCAGGUUCCUGAAGGCGCCCAGCAGUGGGCAGAGCCCCAAGACAGCGCCGCUGUCCGGCUCCAAGCUGCCGGCCCGGGGCGAGUGGGGUCGGAGUCUGUCCAGCUCGCCUCACUUGACCCGCAGGCACCUCGCCCACACGACGGACUACGGCGAGCAGCCCACUCGAGACAGGCACUUUGAAAAGGCGAAAAGCGAUCUCAGGUCUCCCUCCCCGCCGCCUCCCCCGGGCCGCACCACCUCGCUGCUCAUACGACCAAACUACGAGGCCCUGCCUCAAGCACUUAAGGCCGGAGGCCCCCCUCCCCCGACGCCCAACACUGUGAGGGGCCCUCCGCCCAGCUACCAGCCUCCAGCGACCCCCAACGCGCAGCACUCGUGCCCCCAGAAGGACGUGGACGCUCUCGAGGUGGACGCGGGGUACGGUACGGUCAACCCGCAGAAGUUGGCGGACGGUGGCGCCCAGCACCACAACAUCCAGAAGUCUUCCUCCUCCUCCUCUUCCUCAAGUCAGACCCCCACCAAAGCGGGGCUGACGAAACGGGUCCACACCAAACUCUACCUCUCCACGUCCUCUCCGGGCCACGGGCCAUCGGAUCAUCAGGACUUCCCGGCGGGCAAAACUUCCCAGAAGGCCGGCCCUCAGAAAGCGGCGUCGCAGCAGCAGAGUACAAUCCAGGCCAAGAAGGCCCCUCUGGCCAAUGAGAGCGGACACAAGGCUGCCGUCCAGCAGUGUCCGGCGCCGGACCAGGUGGCGUCCCACCAGCGGAGUCCGCACAACUCCGCCGAUCCCGCCGCCAAGACCCGCAUCCCCGUGGGCCUCAAGGCCUUCGUCAAGUCCCCCAUCGCCCUGAAGAAGAGCUCCACCAUCCCCGGCAAGCAGGAGAAGGACCACAUCAACACGGUCUCCAAGGAGACGGCCUCGUCCGAGGGCCUGAGCCAGAGUCAGCAGAGCGAGCAGCAGCAUCAGCACCAGCAGCAUCAGCAGCAGCAGCAGCAGCACGCGCCGCCUCCGUACCACCUCCACCUGCCUCCCGUCCGAGGCACCGCCGAGCCCAAAUCGCUUCCGCUCCUCCUGCCUCCUCCUCAGCAGCAGCGCAACUCCAUCGAGGAGAGCACCCAGACGACCCCUCCGGGGGAAGGCGGCGGCUGCAGCGGGAUGCUGGGGGACAAGGCCGGGGACCGGGACAGCCGUCUGUUCAAACGCUCCAUCUCCAUCACCACCAAGCCUCACCUGAAGCCCGCGCUGGGCAUGAACGGAGCCAAGGCCAGGAGCCAGAGCUUCAGCACCAACUACAUGGAGAAGCCCACCAUCAACACGACGACGGUGGCGGCGGCGGCGGCGGCGAACGUCGACGGUCCGGGGAAGGUCCGCACUCAGAUCAUCACCAACACGGCGGAGAAGAGGAACUCGCUGUCGAGGCAGAGCUCGUUCGUCGAGGGUGUGCCCACGCAGCUCAAAGGCGGCAUCGCCGGCCUGACCGAGAGCGGAUCGUCGCCGUCGGUCUCGAGGCCCGGUCUGAUCGAGGGCAUCACCGGGUCGAGUAGCCACCACGGUCUCCCAGACAGGGCCUCGAGAAUCGGCAGCAAAGGGGACGUCACCGUUCCCUCCCCUCAGAAGGAGGCUCGAAGCCUUCCUCUCUCGGACCGGCAGGGCCUCAAGAACUCUCGCCGUCCGGCGAAGGUGUCCUCGCACCCACAGUUCGAGUCCACGUCCUUCGCCAGCAGCCCAGAUGUGCUGCCCCAAGGGAAAGGCUCGACAACAAUGGGCAAUCAGGAAGUCCCGCCCCAGAGUCAGUCGACGGCCAAUCAGUGCACGCCUGAUGAAGGAGAGAAGGCGGCGACCAACCCGCUGGUGUGCUCCAUCGAGGAGAAGGUGAUGAUGGGCAUCGAGGAGAACGUGCAGAAGAUCCAGGGGCUGGAGCGGUCCAUCUCGUCCGAGGCCAAGCAGAAGACCGGCUCCUCGCUGGCCAACUGGUUCGGCUUCCGCAAGUCCAAGCUCCCGGCACUGAACGGCAAGAAGGCGGACAGCCCAAAGGGCAAGGAGGAGAAGAAGGAGCUGAAGAUCGGCUCGGUGCUCGGAGGUCGGCAGACGAAGGGCGACAAGAAGAAGGACAAGAAGAAGAACGACUCUCAGAGCAAGGAGAGCCAAGAGCUCGUCAUCGCGGACAACAGCAAUAAAAUUAACUCCAUCAUGGACCACUGCAAUAUACAGAUGGGACACAUCACCAACCAGCUGCAGUCCUCCACCGCCUACAUUGGCAAAGACCAGCUGGUGAAGGAGCUGUUGGGCAGGACGGUGGCGAAGGGUGACCCUCACGCGGCGUCGGUGGCGGCCAUCUCUCUGGCCAGGAGGAGCGGCGAGAUGAAGGGCGAGGUGGAGAUCCGCUCCGAUACGACCAUCCUGGUGACCCAGAAGCUGACCCUACACGGGGAGAGGGAGGAUGACCAUGCCCCCGAACCUGUCUGUCAGGACCACAUGAUCGGCUCGUCUUGUCAGAUGCGGACCCUCGACAGCGGAAUCGGUACCUUCCCGCUCCCCGACCCCGUCAACCGCCAGAGCGGCCGAAACUCUUCUGCCGCCGCCACUGCCGUCACCCCGGAGACGGAGGAGGCCCCCGGCGUGACGACGACGACCACCUCCCCCGAUUCGCCUGACUCGCCUGUGUGCUAUCCCACAAUCCCCUGCUCCGCCAACAAAGUGCCUUUGACCCUCCCGGAGCCCUGUCAGCAGGGGGCAAACAGCGUGGCGCGCUCCCUGCCCGACCCCUCCUCGCCCGCCGACCCCGCCAGGGAGACCACCGGCCUUCUGCGCCAACCCAGCACCUCAGACAUCAUCAGACCCAAGCGCCUCAGUCAGAUCGAGUUCCCUUCCCAGCGGACUGCCAUCCCGGUGAGCGGCAGUAAGCCCACGGAGAAGAGGAGGACCGCAAAGGACCAGACCCUGGCCCACGACAGAGCGCUGCGUGUGUGCACGUACCCGGGCAGCAGCAGCAGUGAUAGCGAGGGCGAGUGUGUUCAGCCGGCGUGUGUGAAGGAGGCCAGCACCCUCAGGUCCCCCCAACACACACAGCUCAACAAAACAAACAGCAUCAGCCAAGCAGCUGGCCGCGUGGAGGAGCUGAAGAGGAGGAGUUUCGGCGGCGUGCGCUCGGUGGCCGAGUACAGGAGCAGGAGCGGCAGCGGCGGCAUCGGCGCCGGACGUCCGGCCCUGAGGAGAGAGGACGGCUACUACGCCCGGCCGCGCUCGCAGUACCUGUUGCCCUCGGAGACCGCCGCGCCGGACCACGGCCAGGCCAGAGACAAUCACAUGAGAUGGAAGUUUCCUGAGCGGGCGUCGGCCACCGUAGGGCCCCAGCAGGGCUUCUCGCGCAUCCCCCUGGAGUCCCUGGGCUGCCUGGGCGGCUCCUCCGCGGCCGCCGUGUCCGACCGGCUGCACAGGAGCGUCUGCGGCGGCGGCGGCAGCAGUAUCGGGGGCGUCGUUGGCACGGGGACCAGGACUGAGGCGUCCCAGCACGCUACCGCGCCCCAUCACAACUCCCAGCGCAGCGACUCCAUCCUCUACGAGGGCUUCGUGGCCUCCUGUGCCAGCCGGGGCUCCAGCGUGGCCUAGACGCCAGGCGAGGCUCCCCGCGCCCCAAGACACCCCCGACACCCCCAACACCCCCGACGCCCCUCUUCCCUUCUCACCAACCUUCAGCCAGGGCUUUGAGAGACACUUCCGGGGGGGGUGGUGGGGGCUCGGAGAUCUCCCUUCCAGUCCAACCCCCAACCCCCCCCCUUUUCCCAAAGCCUUAGCUCCAGCUCAGGACCACAGAUGGUGCUUCAAGGCUCCCAGGUAGAGAGCACUUCCAGCGGGGAGCCGGGACUCCUAAGGGCCCUGGGGCUCAGGUGGUUCUCCCACCAACCAACCAACCAACCAACCAACCAACGCAAGCACUUACCUGCAUAAGGGAUGUCUCUGUCUCUUUGACCCCUUCAGAGAACAAGAACAGUAGUAGAUCAUCAGGCUUUAAAAAAAGAAAAAAAAAAAACAUACGAGACUACAGAGAUGGAGCAUUCUCAAGAGCAAUACUGGAUCACUAAGGAUAUUUCGGGUAUAGAUGUACUUUUUUGUUGUCGUCGACGUUGUUUUUUCCUCCAUUUAUAGUUUCCAUCGAAACAUAAUCUUUAUACGGGGGGUUGUCUCCUUAUCCUCCGUAUAGCAAUAGGUUGGCUGGGAAAAAAAGUUUUUUUUUUUCUUUUCUUCUUUCUGACAAUAUGAAAUGAGAUGCUGUUUGGGGUCGAAAGAAUCAGGAGACAAAAAAAAAUAAUAAUAUAAGAAAUAGAGCUUUAUUUUCAAAAUCAAUCGUUCCCUCCCUCCCUCGUUUCCCCCCCAUCUCCUUCUCUCGGCCUGUCUUGCUUUCAGAGGUAUGAGGUAAAUGCAUUCUACAGCUCGCCGUUUGUAGGCCGGUAGUUUAAUGCUAAUGGCUCCUGUGCUUUGCAAUAGCUGUGGAAAACACACAAAAAAAAACGAAAUCCAGACAAUACUCUGUUGUCCAACUUGAAAACAAAUGACUGUGUCUCCUCCAUUGCUAUGCUUGACCACCAACGGGAACCACCGGGUGGUGGCCCCCCCUCCCUCCCUCCCUCCGUAGCCUGGCAUGACAAAUCUUCAAAAGACAAAUAUUUUCAUUGUUCCGUCUUCUCCUGUUUACUGCUUCCAUUCCCUCUCUCUGAUUGCACGGAGCAAUACGCACGGCUGAAAAACCGGUGACAAAUAACCGAGGGAUAAAGACAGAAGGAAAGAAGGAAGGAAGGAGGACAAAAAAAAACACACUUAAUCACUUUCCAGUCUGCAAAAAGAAAGAAAAGAUGACUCCCGAGGAACAGCAAAGGGAAGUCUUCUACACUGUGCUUGCUCAGAGACCAUGACUCCACAUUCUCCGCAGAUUUUUGGACUCUAAAGGUCACGGUGAACAGACUUCAAUGUACAAAAAAAAAAAGAGAGAAAUCUUCAAUUAUGAAACCUUGAAAUUCAGCAGCGCAAUAAAAAUGAGGACUAAUGCAAAAAAACAAAAACAAAAAAAUAUCUGAAACUACUGUAUGAGGACACAAAUACUGUAUGUUACAAGCGUUUUAGUGUGCAAUUUGUUUUUCCCGUUUGUCGCCGCGUGUAGUCAGGUUAUCAUCAUCACAGUCAACACUUAACGAAUGAUAGGGUGGUCGCGAGACCACCUGCCCCGGUGAGCAGUACUAACGUGUGUCUAGGCCACACCCUCUGUUUCUCUACGCAAGCUCUUGUAAUGCAGGGUUGAUGUCUGUAGCUCAGGGAACUUCUUUUUCGUAUUCAUGACGAGAAAAAAAAAAAACGACAACAACUUUGUGUUGUUAAAAAAAAAACAAACAAACAAAAAAAUCAGCCUCUUUUGACAUCUUUUCUGAAAGUUUGUGAAUGGAAAGUGAAUGCUUUUUUUGAAACGGUAACAUGAACUAGCUACCAAGCAGGGACUAUAUCUGAACCCUUACAGUAAAUAGAUUCCCAUACGCCGUGUGCUAACUUGUAACUCCUCAUUCCCCCAUUUCAUGUGUAAUGAUGUUAUGUUAAUGUAAAAAUGAAUUACUCUGUGGAUAGUGUUGCUGGGGCAUUACUGAUUGGCAUUAUGUAUGCAAGUAUAUGAAAUGAUUCUUAAUAAUAAUAAUGCUAAUAAUAAUAAUGUUUUAAUAAUAUGAUAGACUACAAUAAUGGUGUUUAUUAUUAUUAUUGUUAUUAUUAUUAUUAUUAUAUGCUGAGUAUGACUGUAAUACUGAUUACAUAAUGCUCUUUGUGAUUCCCCUACUCUGUGAUGGUCUGUAGAUACUUAGAAUAUAAAAAUAUGUUCAUAUGUUGUAUUUUUUGUUCUGUUGGAAAUAUUGAAACUGAUUGCUGCAAUCCUUUCAUCACUUUAUCUGGAUACAGACAACUAGGGGACAAUAGAAGACAUCAAGCCAAAACGCUAACGCAACUUUUUACACAGCUCACCUCAGCGCACGCUUAUUCAAACAGCAUACUGUGUUGAUUUUCUCUUUCUCUCUCUCUCUCUCUCUCUCUCUCUCUCUCUCUCUCUCUCUAUUGCUCUCUCUCUCUCUCUCUCUCUAUCCCUCUCUUUUUUUCUAUGAAACUCUUCAUAAUGACGAACAGAGUGAAUUCUCAAAGGACAAGUGUAUUUUUCUAGUUGUUCAGUAUUUAUAACCACUUUUGUAUAUGAAGCUGUAUAGUUGUGUAUGUUCACUCUUCUCCUUGAUUUUCCCUUUGGAAAGAGAAUCUGUUACAAGCAGUGUUACUUUGGUCAUUUUUAUUUAUGCAAUUCCAGCUGUUACAUUAGACAACAAUGCUAUAUUUUAUCUUAUAAUUUCAUAAAUAAAUAGAUGAAAUUAUUUCAAAUUA